GCUCCGUGCGCCAUCUUGGAUUGUCCCGACCAACGGCGGCGGCGACGGCGGUGGACGACUUUGACGGUGGACGGUGCAACGCGUCCUUAAUUCGAAAAACAUUUUACAUGGGUGGAUUAACUCGGCUUCCACCGGUUGCACUCGUCAAAUGAGCAUAUCUCAUCGAGCAUAUUUCGAAGAGGACGUCUACCGAAGAGGCUUAAGUGGAGAGCGCCUCGCAGUCGGCGCUGUUUUUGCCUUCUCGAGCGGCGAACCGAUUCUGCCUCUGGCCUGCUUGCCUUGUUGGACUAUUGGGCAAUAUUUGGGCUAGCACAAAUCGACCCAAUGCAUCGUGUUGUCGUGCUUUAACAUUGGGAAAUGGAUUCCAAUUUGACGUUUUAAUGCAAUGCUACGCAGCUCAGCGAGGACAAGUUUGAUUGGAGGACGGAGUGCGCUUGAUUCCCAGUCCGAUGGAUAUUGCCUCUGUCCGGUUGCGGCUCGGUUCCCCGUUCCGUUGCUCUGACAAAACAAUCGUUGCAACAAAACCGUGUUUGUUCGUAACGAUGCUGCAGCAUGGCAAACGUAUGCUAGCGUCGGCUUGAAUGGCAAGAAGAAAUCGCCUUCCAUCUGUAAACGUGGAAAUACCAAGCAAGUCCCCCCUCCCCCCUCUUUGCAUUACCCGGGCUAUCUUUGGAUUUAUCUGGUUGUGAACAUGUCCUGUUUGCAGAGACAGACCUCCUUCUGACUCCGCCGCUGUGAGGAUUUUUUUUUGUGUGUAACUUUUAUUUUUCUUACAUAUAUUUUUAAACUCUUUCUAAUCUGAGGAUCUGAUUCGGAUGGAAAAUGGGAGACGCCACCAAACUGGCCCUCGCCGUUUUCCUCAUCUCCUGCUCUUCAGGUGGGUGUGAAGGCGCGAUCCUUGGACGCUCCGAGACUCAGGAGUGCAGCUACUACAACUCCAACUGGGAAAAGGAACGUACCAACCGCACCGGCACUGAACCCUGCUAUGGCGAUAAGGAUAAAAGGCUGCACUGCUUUGCCACGUGGAAGAAUAUUUCUGGCACCGUGGAGGUCGUCAAGCAGGGUUGCUGGUUGGACGACAUCAAUUGCUAUGACAGCAACGAGUGUGUGGAGAAGAAGGAGAAUCCUGACGUUUUUUUCUGCUGCUGCGAAGGCAACAUGUGCAACGAGCGCUUCCUCUACGCACCCGAUACAACGCCGCAAAGCGACACGCACCAGUCAACAGCCUACACCACAUCCAACCCCUUUUCCCAGAAGCCUCAGCUCUUCAGCACUCUGCUCUACUCCCUCGUUCCCAUCAUCGGACUGGCCGCCGUCGUCCUCUUUUCCUUCUGGAUGUGGCGACAUCACAAGUUGGCCUAUCCGGCAGCCCUCGUCCCCACACAUGAUCCCGGUCCUUCGCCGCCGUCUCCCAUCCUGGGACAUAAACCGCUGCAGCUGAUUGAACUGAAGGCCAGGGGACGCUUUGGCUGCGUAUGGAAGGCCCAGCUUCUCAACGACUACGUGGCCGUGAAGAUCUUCCCCAUUCAGGAUAAGCUUUCAUGGCAGAACGAGUACGAGAUUUACAGCGUGACUGGCAUGAAGCAUGAAAAUAUUCUCCACUUCAUCGGCGUGGAGAAAAGAAACAACAAUCUGGACUUGGAGCUGUGGCUCAUCACCACCUACCAUGACAAGGGCUCACUGACAGACUAUCUGAAGGCCAACGUGGUGUCCUGGAAUGAGUUGUGCCACAUCACUCAGACGGCUGCCCGAGGUCUGGCCUACCUCCACGAAGAUAUCCCCGGACACAAAGAUGGACACAAGCCCUCCAUUGCCCACAGGGACAUCAAGAGCAAGAACGUGCUCCUGAAAAACAACCUGUCAGCUUGCAUCGCCGACUUUGGUCUCGCUCUUAAAUUCGAAGCCGGCAAAUCAGCAGGGGACACGCACGGCCAGGUGGGGACACGGCGUUAUAUGGCCCCCGAGGUCCUUGAGGGAGCCAUUAACUUCCAGCGGGACUCCUUUCUGCGCAUUGACAUGUACGCCUUCGGCCUUGUCCUGUGGGAACUGGCGGCGCGCUGCACCGCCGCCGAUGGCCCGGUAGAUGAGUACAUGCUGCCUUUCGAGGAAGAGGUGGGCCAGCAUCCGUCUCUGGAGGACAUGCAGGAGGUGGUUGUGCACAAGAAGCUGCGGCCCUGCCUUCGGGACUGCUGGCAGAAACAUACGGGUCUCGCCAUGCUGUGCGAAACUAUUGAAGACUGCUGGGACCAAGAGGCCGAGGCCCGACUGUCUGCCGGCUGCAUAGAGGAGCGCAUCGGCCAAAUGCAGCGACAGGCUCCCCUAAUCGGGCCCGAGGAAAUAGUCACCGUUGUCACCAUGGUGACCAACGUGGACCUCCCGCCCAAGGAGUCCAGUUUAUGAUCGGCCGACACGCUGCCAGACGAGCAUCGGACACGGAGGGGGCGAGCGGCCAGCCCCGCUUGGUCAGCCGGCCGCCUUUUCUCAUUCUGGUUUGGUCGUCGUUUUUGUUUUUUUGCAAAGCACCGGUGGCUACCCGCGCUCAGGACGUACCGUGUGUUGGCCUCAUGGCAUCAAUCUCCUGCCCUCCCCCUCAUGUUGACGCGCGUGCCCGAGGAUUUUGAACCCUUCGAACCAAUUGGGCGAUUUAUGACUGCGUCAAAACGGCAAGACUCACCAAACGUCUUUUUAUAUACACUACGACGUCAGGAGGCUCAACUGGAUCUUCUACAGUGAGAACAGACCUUGCAGAUUUUCACCAAACUCUAAAUACAUUUAAAAAAAAAAAAAAAAAAAACAGAAUAUGGGCAUGUGGCUCUUGAUACCUUUUGCUGUUUUCUUGUGUGUUUUUUUUUGGUUCCGUUUGUUUUUUGAAGUUAUCGACUAACAUUCUGCCAAUAAGCAACGGCUUUUUGAAUGUUUCUAGUAUAAUGCUGCUGUACAUAGUGUAUUAUGAACCCAGUCGACUUGUUAAUCCAUCUUAUUUUAAGGGGAACGGGGGUGGGAAGGGGAGGAAAGGGGUGAUCCAUUUUUCAAGCAUUACGAUGAUAAGAACCAUAGACCUCCUUCAACCAGGUAUACCUCAGUUCAGAUGGACACAUAUGAUUAGUCCCGCUCACUGUUUUGAACAGUUUACUGCUCACGCGCCCGUUUCACAAGCUUCACCGCAUCGAAACGACGGAACCCUCGUCGGUGCUCAUGAGCGAUGCCGUCGGCGGAUCGGCAACGGCCGCACGUCAGCGAGCGUUCCCGCUUUUUUUGCUUCCCCCCCCGUUUUUUUUUUGUUCGCUUUGUUUCGUUUUCUUCUUUUCGUUCAGCCGGUUAGUUUAGAACAGCGGGUGAAAAGUUUUUCCCCUUUCAUUUGUAAAAUGGUUGAUGUCUGGAUUUUUUAUAGUCACCCCCUCGUUUGUCUCUGAGGUUUGAAGUACGGUCUUGAGGAAGGUUCCAAAGGUACUCGCCCCCCGUUCUUUGGAAAUGUUCUCAGCAGAGCCAGCUCAGUUGUUUGUUUGCUAAACGGGCGGUGACUUGUAUAGCGCUCUUCUACUUUUGCGCUUCACUCGGCUUCCUCAUUCACCUCCCGAUGACAUCAUCAGGGGCGAUCGGGGUGCAGUGUCUCAAAGACACUCGGAUACGGUCACAACGGCCGGGGAUCGAACCUCCGGCCUCGCCGUUUGAUUGCACUCAUCGCGUUUGACUACUUCUAAGGGUUUCCACUCUCUGUUUCUACGCCUCAGGAAUCUUUGCUAGCCAUCCUCCUCACUGUCGCCCUUCCCAGAACAGAUUUUGUCAGGUGGUGACUUCUUGUGCUUCUUCUCACCCCAUCUCGACACUAAUGCUGGACAGUGAAGUCACAAGACUGCCGCUCUUUGUUCAAUUCAGGUUCCGGCGUGAGCCCGCUGACCCGAGGCGUUGUGCCAGGUCUCGCUUCAGCACUGGUUGUGACUUUUAACGCCUUUCACAGUCUCAAAAAUCAAGUCAUCGGUCGUAACAAUCCGGGUUGGGUUCCCACCAAACCAAACUGCCAGUCAUGUGCUAUUUCCUGUUUUCGUAGCGCCCCCAAACCAAACACGCCACGCCACGUCUGUGCCGCCAUCAGACGAGAGGAGGCAGGGAGAGCAUCUUUCAUCUCGGUGCCAUUUCUUCCACCAUAUUCCCUCUUGUAGAUGUCAGGCCAAAUGGAUGUAUAUGUCGCUGUCGGAGGAGCAACAGCGCCCCCUCUCGCUCAAACCCGCAACUUUUUAUUUGCUCCGAUGGACGUCACACACUGGUGCCGCUAAAACUGCAGUCUCUCUUCGAGCUUUGGGGUUGUUUCAUGUGAUGCGGUUUCAAAUCAGAGUUGGGGGAAUGUUUGAAGGGAUGUAUCGUCCCCCCCCCUGUGAUUUUUUUUGUUUUCCCAAUAAUAAUCAAAACUGCUAUUAGUCAAGCUUGGAAUGAAACGUAUGCACAUUUCAGCAAGGUGCUAGACCUGAAGGAAGUCAAAAAGCCAUUUAUGUAUUUUGUUACUGUAGCGUGAGCUUUGCGUCAGCGGCUCUUCUUUUUCCCGAAAGCUUGGCACUACCUCAAAUUUAAAACUCUCCCGUGUUCACAUUUUCAAAUAGCUCGAGCUAUUGCCCUCCCAAAGACGAAAAAUAAUCAGAUGAAUUGAUGAAUCCUUUUUUCAAGGGUGUUUUUUUUUUUUAAACCGCAUCAGUGAAACUGUCCCAAAACACCAUUCAGGGAUUCAGUACUAUGCUUUUCUAUGUUCUGGCAAGUUAUAUGCAACCAGUGCCGCAAACGACUCAACACUUGAGCUUCAAGAGUGACUUUCAACACACACACACACACACACACAAAUAACUAGUAGCAUUUAAUUCUGAUUUUAAUCCUUGCAUAUUGAUGUGUUGUAUUUAUUUAUUACUCAAAGACCUAAAGUUAGGGGCUCGUAGCUCAGGUGCAACUCAAACUCUAGAGUUGGCACGAGUUCAGCUUGUCGUUUUAGGGCAUGGGGGGGGUGAGUCGGGGUGUCCUUACUUGUAAUUCAGGAAGUACUUCAGUUGAAAAAGAUGCAAACUCCUCCUCACUCUUUAGUCUCCGUACAAAGACCGCAGAUGAAUGUUGAGACUCCUUCCCGGGUUCUGGUUUGGUGUGGCCCGUGUACCUGUCGAGGGCUCCGCUUUCAGCUGAUCCUCAUAACGAUUGUCCUCCAUUAUGGUCCAGGUUGAUUCCGACACUCGAUGAAACCAGAAUUUAGGUGGCUCAUUCGAUCCAACCGCAGGAAGAAGCACUCGAGUUGUCUUUACAAAGCACUCGAUGCGAUUCCAAAUGAGGUCAUGGGAGACAAUCUUACAAAUCAGCUGGACUUGUGGCUACGCUGUGGUCGCCGUGCUCAAUAAGAAUAUUUAAAGGUGUAUGAAUGGAGAAGCUUUACAUUUUCUAUCCUGACUUCCUCCAGGUCAGCUCCAGGCUUACAUUGCUGUGCUUCGGAAUACCAGUGAAUCAUUUGUGUCUUGUUGCCCUGCUAUUUGAAACAGUCGAGGACCUGUACAGACAUGAGAACGUAUUAAAAUCAAGUAUAUACUCUGAGCUGAAUCUUUAUAAGUGUGUGAAAAAAAUCAGUGUUUCCUAUAGAGUACAUUCAUUUAUACUUCUUGUGUUUUGGUUUCAACUGUCCCAUCACAAUUGAACUUUGUGUAAAUUAGAGGCUCAUUGGAGUACUUUGCAAAUUAUCCCACUUAACAGCGGUGUUCCUCAGGGAACUAUAGCGGCUCCCCUGACAGUUGCAAUACUCCAGAUGUGAUCAUGAAAUCAUCUGCUCUUGGUGUUUCAUUCCACCGCCGCGACUUUCUGCUUGUCCCUGCUGUUGUUAAGAAUUCUAGAGGAAGCAUUGAUCUCCAAUGACCUCAUUACCAAGACUGUGAUGGUUUGGUUGCCAGGUCAGAAGUUUCUUUAAAAAAAAUGGAAAAACACUACAAGUUUAUGACCCCCACUAUUGCUAAGGUUCUCUGAAAUUCAGCGCUGAUCAAAGACAUGUCUCUUGGGGAGAACACACAAAAAGGUUCCUUAAUGCCCAGGGAAACUUUUUCUCUUGGUCAUUGUCGAUGGAAUAUAUGUGUGUGUAUUCGUGCCGGUGGCAAAAGCCAUCUCCAACUUUGGACUCAUCCUGGAGACGAAACUGGUCUGUGAUCAGCGCUGUAAUUUAUGUGAGCCGGUGGAGGUUUUUAAUCCGUUGAAGUGAUCCACGUGAUGUAAAUAAAUGUUUCUAGAUUGUGAAA